GCGGCGGCGCGGGCGGCCGUCGGGGCUGGGCGGCGGCGGCGGCGGCUAAGAGGGCCCGGCUUCUAGGAGCCACGGUGGGAGCCGACCUCGGCGCGCGGCCACCAUGUCCGCGCCGACGGAGGAGGAGGAGUAUGCGCGCCUGGUGAUGGAGGCGCAGCCGGAGUGGCUGCGCGCCGAGGUGAAGCGGCUGUCCCACGAACUGGCCGAGACCACGCGUGAGAAGAUCCAGGCGGCCGAGUAUGGGCUGGCGGUGCUCGAGGAGAAGCAUCAGCUCAAGCUGCAGUUCGAGGAGCUCGAAGUAGACUAUGAGGCCAUCCGCAGCGAGAUGGAGCAGCUCAAAGAGGCAUUUGGCCAGGCACACACGAACCACAAGAAGGUGGCUGCUGAUGGGGAGAGCCGGGAGGAGAGCCUCAUCCAGGAGUCAGCCUCGAAAGAGCAGUACUAUGUGCGGAAGGUGCUGGAGCUGCAGACAGAGCUGAAGCAGCUGCGCAAUGUCCUUACCAACACUCAGUCUGAGAAUGAGCGCCUCACGUCUGUGGCCCAGGAGCUAAAAGAGAUCAACCAGAAUGUGGAGAUCCAGCGUGGACGCCUGCGGGAUGACAUCAAGGAGUACAAGUUCCGGGAGGCCCGUCUACUUCAGGACUACUCAGAGCUGGAGGAGGAGAACAUCAGCCUGCAGAAACAAGUGUCGGUGCUCAGGCAGAAUCAGGUGGAAUUCGAGGGCCUCAAGCAUGAAAUCAAGCGUCUGGAGGAGGAGACUGAGUACCUCAACAGCCAGCUAGAGGAUGCCAUCCGGCUUAAGGAGAUCUCUGAACGGCAGUUGGAGGAGGCACUGGAGACGCUGAAGACAGAGCGGGAGCAGAAGAACAACCUACGCAAGGAGCUGUCGCACUACAUGAGCAUCAACGAUUCCUUCUACACUAGCCACCUGCAGGUCUCCUUAGACGGCCUCAAGUUCAGUGAUGAUGCUGUCACUGCUGAGCCCAACAAUGACGCUGAAGCCCUGGUCAAUGGCUUUGAGCAUAGUGGCUUAGUCAAAUCAUCCUUGGACAACAAGGCAUCCACACCCAGGAAGGAUGGCGUGGCCCCGCCCUCCCCAAGCCUUGUUUCCGACCUGCUCAGCGAGCUCCACAUAUCUGAGAUCCAGAAGCUGAAGCAGCAGCUGGUGCAGAUGGAGCGGGAGAAGGUGGGCCUGUUGGCAACACUGCAGGACACACAGAAGCAGCUGGAGCAGGCUCGGGGGACCCUCUCUGAGCAGCAUGAGAAGGUGAGUCGUCUCACAGAGAACCUCAGUGCCCUGCGGCGCCUGCAGGCUGGCAAGGAACGGCAGACUUCGCUAGAUAACGAGAAGGACCGUGAUAGCCAUGAAGAUGGUGACUACUACGAGGUGGACAUCAACGGGCCUGAGAUCUUGGCCUGCAAGUACCAUGUGGCUGUGGCUGAGGUUGGUGAGCUCCGGGAGCAGCUCAAGGCACUGCGCAGCACACAUGAAGCUUGUGAGGCCCAGCAUGCAGAAGAGAAGGGCCGCUAUGAGGCUGAGGGCCAGGCACUCACCGAGAAGGUCUCUCUGCUGGAGAAGGCUAGCCACCAGGACCGUGAGCUGCUAGCCCAGCUGGAAAAGGAGCUGAAGAAGGUGAGCGAUGUGGCUGGUGAGACCCAGGGCAGCCUGAAUGUGGCUCAGGAUGAGCUGGUGACCUUCAGUGAGGAGCUGGCCAACCUCUACCACCACGUGUGCAUGUGCAACAACGAGACACCCAACCGUGUCAUGCUGGACUAUUACCGUGAGGGCCAGGGCAAGGCUGGCCGCACCAGCCCCGAGGGCCGCGGACGCCGUUCACCCGUCCUUUUGCCCAAAGGGCUGUUGGCCACAGAGGUGGGCCGGGCAGAUAGUGGGACUGGGGACAGCAGCCCCUCCCCCAGCUCUUCACUGCCGUCACCAUUGAGUGACCCCCGCCGGGAACCUAUGAACAUCUACAACCUGAUCGCCAUCAUCCGAGACCAGAUCAAGCACCUGCAGGCAGCUGUAGACCGCACGACCGAGCUGUCCCGGCAGCGCAUUGCCUCACAGGAGCUGGGCCCUGCUGUGGACAAGGACAAGGAGGCACUCAUGGAGGAGAUCCUCAAGCUGAAGUCACUGCUGAGUACCAAGCGGGAACAGAUCACCACCCUUCGUACAGUGCUCAAGGCCAACAAGCAGACAGCUGAGGUGGCCCUCGCCAACCUGAAGAGCAAGUAUGAAAAUGAGAAGGCCAUGGUGACUGAGACCAUGAUGAAGCUACGGAAUGAGCUCAAGGCCCUCAAGGAAGAUGCAGCCACCUUCUCCUCCCUGCGCGCCAUGUUCGCCACCAGGUGUGAUGAGUACAUCACACAGCUGGAUGAGAUGCAGCGGCAGCUGGCAGCUGCGGAGGAUGAGAAGAAGACUCUUAACUCCCUGUUGCGCAUGGCCAUCCAGCAGAAGCUAGCCCUCACCCAGCGUCUGGAGCUGCUGGAGCUGGACCACGAGCAGACCCGCAGGGGCCGCAACAAGGCCACCUCCAAGGCCAAGCCAGCCACACCGAGCGUAAGUCACACCUGUGCCUGUGCCAGCGAGAGGGCAGAGAGCGCCGGGCUGGCCAACCAGGUGUUCUGCAGCGAGAAGCACAGCAUUUACUGUGAUUAGGGCUGUGCUGUGGGGCGCCGCACGCCGCUAACGUCUGCUUCACCUCAACUAACCCAGCCUCAAGCAGCGGGAUAGCAGUGCUAGGCCGGUGUUAACGUGACUAACGCACGGAGGGCAGCAUUCUAGGCGAGUGGCAGCAUUGGGGCACAUCUGUCACCAGGACACUUUGAGCUUUGUGUUGCUUCUCACUCCACAGCCCCCUCAAGGAUAUCCCAUGUCAGUUGCUGUCUUUUGGGGUGGUGGAAUCAAAGGUGGGGCUGGAGCUGCACAGCUUUGUGGACGACAGUGGGGUGAAAGUGUUUUGCAGGGGCCCCAGGCACUGUAGGCAAACCAAGGGAGAGUUCUUCCUUGAGGCACACACGGCAGAACCUGAGUUGAAACUUGCAUGUUCCUCGCAUGUGUCUAAUAUCAGCACUUGAAAGCAGUUUUGUGAGGCUCCAGCCUGUAUCGUAGGACCAGCCUAGGUUAGCUCUCUGUGGUUGGUGUAGUUUCAUGAAAAGAGUUUCCUUGUAGUUUGUGCAGCAUCUCAAUGCAAACCACAUUCAGGACAGAAGUACAGAAGUUCUUCUCCAAUCCCAGAGGGAACAGACCCUGAGAGCCUGCAGUCUGCGAUGAGACCCCACACCUCAGACACAAACAAAUAAUCAUAGCCCAGGAAGACAUCUUAGCUGCCCUAAGAGGUGACAAAUUGGCAGGGUCUGAGAUCCUAGGUUUCCUUUUUUAAUGAGAAAGUGUUCCAAGUGCCUGGUAAGACCCUGGUCCUUGGUGCAGAGCCUGUUCUUUGGUACUUGGAGACCCUUAGCCUCUGCUUGGGUCUUUUCCUAGAAGUUGUCAGACCCAAAGAAGCAGUGUUUUGAGAACUGUUAGUGCUCUACCAAAUUGCAUGGUACAGUGGAGCCCAGCUGUGUGCUGCAAGGGCUUUUUGUGAGCCAGAGCUGUGCUCAGGACCAGCAGAUAAUAGUUGUCUGGUUCUCAGUGCAAUUUGGGGGUGCUCCAGUAGGAGGAAAGGCCCCUGGGGGCCCUCCUUCUCCGGAGGCCCUGUCAGUGCAGAGCUGUGGCAUCAGGUGUUUGCUUUAGUGCACUGUGAAGCAGGACUCUGCUCAGUGUUUCUCUCCCAUUCCCCAUGGGGCGUCUCGUCUUGACACUCCUAUCUCCCGCGACAGCUGCUUGCCUGUCUCUCCCUGUGAAAAGGCGUCUUUCAUGGUGUGGAACACAGUGUUGGUGCCCAGCACAGACCCUGUGGUCUCUCAAACAGCUUUCUCUUUUUUUCCCCCUCUGUUUGGAGCCUGGAGUGUUGCAGUCUGCUCAGAUUCUAGGCACCACACACGGUCGUACACUAGGGUAGAACAGGCCACAUAUGUCCCUUGCAUGUCUGCCCUGGGAAUGGCUGCCCGCAUGCCCACCCACCUUCUGCCUUUCCUUCUCUUUGGACCAGAACUCAGCUUCUCUCCCACUGUAUGGGGCUUUGCGGGCACCUGGAGCCCAAUCCCCUAACACACAUGCAGGUCUUCUCUGCUGACUAAUGUGCUCGCUCACUCCCAGAACAAGAGCUUUAGCUGUCAAGUGAGCAGGAAGUGGCAAGCGACUGAUUUCUAAUGCUGUCUU